AUGGAACUGCUCAGUACCGCCACCCGAUUUGCAUCCGCCACUCCGCACUCGCCAUCCACACAGUCCCUCACCGCCUCCGUCAUGUCUACCGAUCUCCAGUGGUUGCUCGUCCGCAAAUACAACAGCUUCAUCGUGAAGCGUGUUCCCGAGGGACCGAUCUUCUCCAAGGAGCCGGGUAACUUGAAGAAUGUCCACUCGCGCAAGUAUUCGGGCUUGAUCAGCGACAAGAGCCUGCACAUUGGUCACAAUGCCGAGACCAACGCGAUUACUCUCACUUCUCGCAAGCCCAAGUCGAGCAUUCAUCAGCACUCCAAGGGCGAGCACAAGACUACCAUCCGUGCCAGGUCUGGACCUCGCCGAGCACAGGGUGUAGUCGCCAGCCAAGCGAGGUUGGGAUACCGUCCUGAUUUGCGCCAGGCUGCCCUUCAACGCGUCUCAGCCCUCCAGCGCGCCCAGCAGACGAAGAAGCCCGCACCCGAGCGCAAGGUCCGAGGGAAAAAGGCCAAGGCUGCCGCAGAGUCUGCAUAA